ACACAACACCACCAAAAGGGUCCAAAACCCUCACUAACCCUUAACAAGUCUCUCACCCAAACCAAACCAAACCAACACACACAUUUCAGAAGAAAAAGAAAUGGCGAAACUAAGGACAGCAAUGGACUCCACUUUCUGGGACCUGAACGUGUCAUCACCAAGGAACCUGGAGGGCUCAGCCCGAGCCAUCCCUGGUGAGCCAUUUCCACUUGAUGGGGCUCGAGCCAGCCGAGCUCUGAGGAUUCAGCAAGUCUCACUUCUGGGAAAUGGGUUCCCUCUGGGAAUUAUUCCCUCUUUUGCACCCACUGCUCACAAGGAGUUGGGCUCUUUUGCUCUUCAGACUGUCUUGCUCAGACCAGAAACUGCUAACUGGUGGCUUGGAUUAAUUGGGCAGUUCCGUCCAAAGAAAUUAAUUUCUUCUAUUAAAGCUGAAUUUUCUAAUGGUGGUGAGUGGGAACUUCCUGGAUUCAAGGAUGUGGCAAAACAUUUCAUGGACAAAUCCCUCUAUUCAUUGGGAUUAAGCUCACAGCUUGCUCUGAGUUCCUCCUCAUCCAUAAUGUUAAGCACAGAAGGACAUGGUGAGAGAAAAGGACGCCGGCACAAAAUGAUGCUCUUCCAGAAGCUUCCUAAUCAUGAUAUUACUUUGGAGGCUGCAUGGCCUGAGUUGUUCAUUGACCAUAAAGGGCAAUAUUGGGAUGUGCCGGAGUCCAUAUCAUUAGAUCUUUCAUCACUUGUUUCUGAAUCUGGAUUGCGAUACCGCUUUGGUUUACACAAAAAUAGUGGACAUCCUCAGGCGCUUAGUGCCAACAAUGGUGAGGCACCGCUUGGUCUAUUGCCUGGCUUAUGUGCAAAGGCUGCAUUUUCUUAUGAGAAGGGCCAGGACUUUUGGAGACAAAAGGAGAAAGAAGAAGAUGUCAUGGUGAAGACAGAAAGGGGCUUGUUUUGGAGACCUUCAUAUGAUGUGCGUCUCAAUGAACCACAUUCAGCUAUAUCUGGAAUUAUUGGUGGCACAUGUGCGGCCUGGUUUGGGGGCAGUGAGAGCUUGGUGGCUGCUGCAUCAAGGAAAGAUGAGGAAAUUUCUUUGAAUGCUAAGAAGAGAAGUCCAUUGAGUGCUGACUUAUUUGGUUCAGUAUGCUAUACUUUCCAGCAUGGCAAUUUCAGAAAGCCGUACGGAGACCUGACCAGGGUAGAUGCUCGCUUGGAUAUUUGUUCAGCUUCAGCUUUUGCCAGAAGGGUGCUCAAUGGUUUGAAGAGGUCUUCUGUUAAUAGUGCAGAAAGUCCAGUGUCUUCUCCAAGGCUUAAUUUGAUCUUUCAACAGCAGAUUGCAGGGCCCAUUGUCUUUCGAGUCGAUUCUAGGGUUUCGCUGGAUUCUUCAUCUGGGAGACGUGGCCCGCAUGUAGAGGAUUUCAUAUAUAGCUUAAGUUACUCCUUAAGGCUUCUACAAUCUGGGAAAGUUGUUGCUUGGUAUUCUCCAAAAAGAAAAGAGGGGAUGAUUGAGUUGCGCGUAUUUGAGUUUUAACAUUUUUUUUUUCCUUAUUUGGCUCACACUGUUUUGCCUGAGGCACUAACAUUCUCAUCUAGAAAACAUUGGCUGCAAAAUUCACAAGAAGCUUUUCUUCCA